UCUUCAUUCAAAAGUGCGCCGCAAUCAGGCUUUAUCGUCCAUCUUGAUUCAUAUUCUCUAUUGACUAACAUCUCAUCAAUUCCCACAAAAGCUGAGAAUCUAUUCAAUACAUCUCGGAGACUUUCGAAAGCAUGGCCAGCGGCAACCUGGAAAUACCUGGUCUCUCCGAAUCCUUCGAAGGAGAUGAAACCACAACCAUUUGUGAGCUUUGCAACAGCAUACUCUUCCACAACACAGAGAUUGGAAGUGAAAUCGAGGAUAUGCUAGGGUUAAAGCUAUCCGAAGAAGAAACACCUACUAUGUUGUUGAUCUUGAACGGCGCACAUGGAGGCUGUCGCUUCUGCGCCGUGGUAUGGAGAGCAUUUAGGGAUGAGGGAAGUUAUCGGAAUUUCUAUUCAAACAAUAAUACUAAUUCGUUGUCCUUGACUGAUAUUGCAAAACGUUUCAUCAUAAGCUCUUUGUCUCUUGAACUUGAGGAGGGGAUUUCUGUGGGCUAUUACAAGCUGUCCUACAAAACAACCUAUGAGAAGCCAAAAUGGAAGGGCGGUGGCGUUUUGGUGCUAGUUUUAGACACAUUAAACGGUUAUCAAGACUUCCAUAAAGCGUCACAGUCUCUUACAAACACCAAUCAUCUUUCUGAAGAGAGAUGGAGGAACUUCUGUUAUUCAUCAAUAAGAAGGUGCCAAGAAACUCACGAAUUAUGCAACUCCGCGUCAAUAUCUGAGAAGACUUCGCAUUGCUUGCCUACACGUCUCAUUGAUGUCAAAUGCGAUCCUCCAAGUGUAAUCUUGUCGUCCAACGUAGAACCUGCAAGUUCAUACGCGACUUUAAGUCACUGCUGGGGCAAAGCACCGAUCCUUACUUUGACGACGAAAAAUCUGGAAGCUUUUCAACAAGGGUUGCCCAUUUCUCAUUUAAGUAGAACUUUCCAGGAUGCCAUCGAUGUAGGAAAAAGACUUUUACGAGACUUUAAUGUAAGAUAUCUUUGGAUUGACAGUCUUUGCAUCAUCCAGGAUUCCAAACCAGAUUGGGAGAAUGAAGCACCAAAAAUGUCCCAAGUCUAUGGGAAUGCCUUUUGCUGCAUCGCAGCCUCUGCUGCGACCGAUGGAUCAAAGGGCCUUUUCUCUCCAAGGAACUCUCUAGUGGAUGACGUACUAUGUAUAAAUCUUGAUAGAGCAAAAUAUCCGCGUCUGCAGAACCCAGUAAGAAUAACAAUUCUCAACAAGGACAAGUGGCUUCAGAUCAUUCGAGAGGCACCCCUAAACCAGCGCGGUUGGGUUGUGCAAGAGAGGGCUCUAACCAAAAGAACAUUACAGUUUUUUGAUGGGGAAGUAAUGUGGAAAUGUCAACAAAUAAUGGCAUCAGAGUCAUUUCCUGUCAUAUCAUCUUGUUUAAAGAUAUCCGAUGAUCAUCUUCUAUUUCCCCAUUCUCUUACCGCAAACUUCGCUUUCCGAAGAUUCUGGAGUCAACUCUUACAUAUUUAUAGCAAGACUAUUCUUUCGUAUCCAGACGAUAUACUUAUGGCAAUGGCUGGUGUGGCACGUCAAUUUGGGGAAUACUUACCGACCAAAAACAAGAUAUAUCUCGCCGGAAUGUGGCAAUUCGAGCUUGAGAGGCAAUUGGGAUGGUUAGCAACCAUUCCUGGCUCUAGACAUGAUCUUGAUCGUCGAGAAUGCCCGAGCUCUAACGUCGCACCAUCUUGGAGUUGGGCCUCAUCAACAGGCAGGUCAAUCACAAAUGCAUGGGAUAACGGUCAAUAUAAUAAGGCUUCUACGCGCUGGUAUGACUGGACUCCAGCAGAAUACAAACAUUACAUGACUUUGGAUUUAAAUCGGACCCAGCCUCCUGAAUUUGCCAUCCUUGAUGUCGGAACCACUAUUUCUAGCAAAGACCCAUUUGGAUCCGUCACUUCGGGAUUUCUUCGACUUCGUGGUCAAUUGAAGGUUGGGCGUCACUCUUUUACAUUGUCUAAACAGAAUGCAGCGACCUGGAAUAACAACAACGUUCACUACAUCCAGGUGCUCGGUAGAUCUCAUCCGCUAUUUUCUCCCAUGGUUUUUGAUCGUUUGCAGUCUGAUGACGACCUGAGGGAGAUUAGAGAAGGGAUGUUGUUCGUUUUCCCCCUAAAUUUCGAGACUAGUCGGAGCUCUCGUGCUCUCAUUCUAAAGCCAAGCUGUACUCGGAAAAGUUUGGUGAGGGUGGGCUGUCUAUUGAACCUUGCAAAGAAUGUCGCCUUUGAUGCGGAGAGUGAUAAACUGAUCGGGGAAGAGUUCUAUGAGGAAUCUCAUGGGAAUGGAGAAUAUACUAUUCGUAUCAUAUGACGGUUACUUUAAGAAAAGUUACUCCUCUUCAAAGACCAUGAACUAUGCAAGGCCUGGUGGACUAGCAUCAGCCUUCUAGCUGUAUUAGCAGAUGCCAAUAAUUAUGAUGGAAGGAACUCUUAACAAAUAAUCAUAUGAGCUAAAUCAGUGAGCACACUGAAGCUCAAUCUGAUACUACUCGCAUAUUUGAGGGAAUUCUCAACUCAUAUGGCAAAUAUGAAGUCAUAGAACAUUACUCCUCAUACAAUUGACACCGUCAUCAGAAUGAGAUUCAUGAAAGGUACAAAGGGCGAGUGGGAUCAAUGUAACAAUUUAAACCCAGUAUACCUAAAUCGAACGUGAUUGUAUCACUCGAGGUACAGGUCCAUCUGAUUUUAGUAUCAUCGAGCACGUUGUUCGUCUACUCAAUAUAGAAGGAGAUGAACUACUACCAUUCUUGGCAACACCAUCCAGUUCUACAAUAUGGGUUCUAGGGCUUGGAGAAAGUAUAGAAUCCCAGCCCGCCCAUUAAAAUCCCUAUUCAUAGAAGGAACCCAGUCGUCACCGAGCUAUAAGAUGACACAUAGAGAUUCGCUUCAAGACAUGAGUAUGAAUGGGUACUGGUAGUAUGGUAAUCAAUCUUAAAAUGCCAGCCAUCUGUAGUGUGUAUGAAAUAAGCAGGACCGAAAACGCAACUGGCCAUGCCUCGAUAUGAAUCACUGCGAUGUAUUCAAUAGGAAUAAAUAAGAGCAAAUUUAACAUGAGCUUUGAGGCCUUUAUUAGCUAUAGCUUAUUACCAUCUGAACUAGCUGGAGCAUACAGAUACCGGUACGAGUGGCUCUAAUCAAGACAAGUAAUGCAGUCUAGUUUUAGAUAUCCUGUCAACUCUCGGCUGCUUGAUUGAGCGGGAAUCAUUGAUCAAAACUAUUUUAUGGAUCAUAUUUCCGUUUCGGUUUCUGGAGUCUGGCAACAUUAUCACCAUAGACAGUUGGUAAAGACUCGUCCGCAAAAACGAAAUUGAUAUAUCUGGAAAGCAGCCAUCAGUUAAUCGCCAAAGAUCUCCGACCUUCGUGUCAAAUGCCUCGUCUUCCUCUCGUCGAAUUUAGACAGGGUAUUACAGCAGGUACCAACAAGUGACCGCGCAUCAGGAGGAGAAAGAAGAGCCUGGUAUUCGACGAACAGAAGAGGUUGUAGUGACGCGAGAUACUUUGUGAGCUUGAUAUGAACGACUAAUACUGCUCAUUACGGUAUCAAAGUGCAAGCUUUGGUUUGGCCUGGUAGCUGACGUUAAGAAACAGUCAGACCAUCCUCUUUUGUAUAGAUUGGUGGACGUAUCAUUCUUCACGAUUAAGGACUCCUAGCAGAAAUUGACUGCAGAUGGUUGUUAGAUAUUCUGACUUUGUAUGCCUAGCGAAUCUCAAUAUACUGCUCAAAGAUUCGCGGCAG